AUGUUUAACAGCGACUUCGACGAAGAAGACUGUUCCAUUAAUCCCGAAUUUCUGGACCCGGACAUUGUCGGUCCUGGCAUCCUCAUCGCUCAAUGGGCGCAAUUAGCAGUGCUCUUUACGUUCGCACUACUCGGGACGUUCCACACUCAAGCCGCGGGAGUGAAAGAGAUCGGUGCUGGUCUAGCAGUAAUCCAUCUUUCACUGGCCAUUGCCCUACUUGUUCAGAUCAAGACCAACAACGGCUUCUCUGCAACCGAUGCCAUACUAGGGGCCAUGAUUCUUGACUCUCAAGGCAGCGCCAUCUCAAUCCAAAUGAUCACGAAAGAGACAUUAGCAUCGCGAUUUCAAGUCGGAGCCGUUCUACCAUGCCAAGUCUUCGGCUUGAUAGUCGAGGCGAUUCUCGUCCUCGGUUUUCACCAAAACAGGUUCGAGUUCCAAUACAAAAACUGCAAUUGCGUCGCAGUGACUUGGUGGGGUCGACUCACCAGCUGUAAGGACUCGAUUCAGAAGGAGCACUCAAACCAAGAGAUGGCGAUCUUCUGGACAUACUUUGGGUGCAGGACUAUUGCCUUCAUACAGAGUAGCUACCAUGCUCUUAUGGACACAUCCAAAUUCCAUUAUGCUGAAAUCAAGAGCCGAGAGAAAAACCUGAAAGACGGUUGUGGGACCAAAAUUGCUAAGGAAGCCGCCGACUUGAGGAAUACAACCUUCGUCUCGCCCCUGGCCUCACCACUGACCUCUCACAAACCAUCAUCCAGCUUCACCAAAUUCCUGCAACGGGUAACACGGGCGGGAAAGCGCGAGGAGGAGUACGACAAGCAUCUAACGACAUUAUCGCUCGCCUACUUCAUUUUUGGCGUCUAUUCUGUGGCAUCCAUGGCUGCGGUUAGAGCUGCAAUCAAAGGAGAGGGACAAAUUGGAGAGAAAGAUGAUACGGAUUGGUCGGCAGGACAGGUGAUUGCGGUUGUGGUUGCAGCCGUUACCAUCGUCAGAGGCAUUUGGCAUGUUGUCAGAAUGGUCAAGAAGGAAAAGUUCAGGUUGCCCGCCAACAUGCGUCCAACACCAUAA